AUGCUGUCUGCUCAGAUCAUUGACGGCAAGGCGAUUGCGGCAGCGAUCCGCAGUGAACUGAAGGAUAAGGUCGCGGCCUUGAGGGAGCGUUACGGCGACAGAGUGCCCGGGCUCGCCUCCAUCAUCGUGGGGCAGCGUAUGGACUCGAAAAAGUACGUGCAGCUGAAGCACAAAGCUGCAGCUGAGAUUGGGAUGGCCAGCUUCAACGUUGAACUGCCCGAGGACAUUUCGCAGGAGGUGCUUGAGGCCAAUGUUGAGAAGCUCAACAACGACCCAAACUGCCACGGCAUCAUUGUCCAGCUGCCUUUGCCGAAGCAUCUCAAUGAAAACAGCGCCCUUGAGAAGAUCCACCCCCGAAAGGACGCCGACGCGCUGCUGCCUGUCAACGUUGGGCUGCUUCACUACAAGGGCCGGGAGCCGCUCUUCACCCCGUGCACGGCGAAGGGCGUUAUUGUGCUCUUGAAGCGCUGUGGCAUCGAGAUGGCUGGAAAACGCGCGGUUGUGCUGGGGCGCAGCAACAUUGUUGGCGCUCCGGUUGCAGCUCUCCUCAUGAAGGAAAACGCCACUGUCACCAUCGUUCACUCGGGCACAUUGACGGAGGACAUGAUCGAUUACCUGCACACCGCCGACAUCGUCAUUGCGGCGAUGGGUCAGCCCGGGUACGUCAAGGGGGAGUGGAUCAAGGAGGGGGCCGCCGUUGUGGAUGUCGGCACGACGCCCGUAACGGACCCAUCGAAAAAGGAGGGCUAUCGUCUUGUCGGUGACGUCUGCUUCGAGGAGGCUGCCGCGCGCGCAGCGUGGAUCUCACCGGUGCCCGGUGGUGUUGGCCCCAUGACAAUUGCCAUGCUCCUCGAGAACACUCUCGAGGGGUUCAAGGCCGCGCUGAACGUAUCGUAG